AUGGAGGUGCUGUGGAUGGUACCGCUGCUGCUGCUCCCGCUCCUGAUGUGGACCAGCAGCACCUUUGUUUUUUAUUUCAAAAAGUGCUUUUACGUCGCCUGGAUGAUGUGCUUGGCCCUGCUCGCGAUUCCUCUGUGUAUACUGAAAAGCGGAGGUAGAGACAUUGAGAACAUGAGGUGAGUUUGUUUGCAUAGUAAAUGUCGCUCGCAGCGCCGGUGUUUUAACUAAGAGUGCCUCGUUUUAUAAUGUGGUCCUGAGCAGGUGUACGCAUGCGCAAAGCUCACAUUCUAGUCUGUUGUCACCGCUGGGAGUAAUAUUGAUAGAAGAUAUUAGUUGACAAAAAGAGGAUUCUCCAUAAAUCUUCAAUUAGAACUUUGUUGGAGAGUAAUAGAAAAUGCUCCCGACUGUCUUACAACUGAAUUAAAGUCAGCACUGGUCUAAUACAAAGUUAUUCAGCACGUGCAGCGUCAGUUGACAGGAAAUACUAGUCUAUUUAGAUAAUCUUCUCCUGAAAUUUUAUAUAAAGGCUUUACUUUAUAUGUUCACCUUAUUAUGAAAAUUCAUGAAUCCGUUUGUGACCAAAACCAAAGAUAAAUAGAGAUAUUUGAGCGAACCUCUUGUCGAUUCGGGGGCUUUUUUCGACACAGCAGCAAAACUCUACGGAACACCGUCUGACAGCUAGUCGUUGUUAGCAUGCUAGCUGGCUGGCUAGCAGCCGUUAGUUCAUAUCAAACAUCAGAUUUCGCUCGUUAGCAAACUGACUGGUGUCUUUGCAGCUACAGGCUGUGUACAUCCAACUCCAGUGUAACGUUAGAUAGCCGAUAGCUCCCCGGUUUGAAUGACAUUAAAAGGGAAACGGAAAUGAAAUUAAUUCAUUAUGCAUUUUUAAUCAUACAUAUGCUAACAUUAGCCCCCUUGACACUAACAGAGGGAACAGAUUAACGCUAGCUGAAAACAUGAAAUAUCACAUUCUUGGAAAGGGCAAAUCAAAUCCAGAGACGUUUCCGAUUUUUUUCCCAACGCGAGUAUAACGAUUACAGACUUAGAUAAUGGCACAUGUGUGACUCAUUUAUCAGUGCUAACUUCAUCCUGUGAGAUGUGCGAGCUCAGCGAAGUUGCAUGACUUUGGCACACAUGUAAAGUGCAUUAAAUGUUGCAAAGCUGUCAUUGUUGCUUUUAGUAAAAAGGCUUAAUCAUUUCGUGUGUUGUCAGUGUGUCUGUUUAAAGUACACUAAGUAUGCAAUCCAGCACAAAAACCCUGCUGUAAACCCUAUCUUUAUGAUGCCUCUAACUCAAACUACCAAAGUUAUGCAACCACUUGAAUGGCAACUCAUAUGUUGUUUGCAUAUAAUUCAAUGUAUCAAUAUAUAAAGUCAGAAUAAUAAUUUCAUUUGUCUUGUGUGGCUAGGAUAGGCAUUGCUUACCCCCGAAUUCAUAACUUCUUGAAAGCAGCACAAGCUGAUAUGUAUUUUAACACCUACCUGCCAUAACAUUAGGAACACCCAAGCCAUCAAAUGCUGUCCAGUGUCCAAUAAAACAGCUCUACCAUGAAUUCUUAUUUCAGGAAGCUUAUUAAACUUUCAGUUUUUGUCAACAUGACCUGACAGGUGACAGGUCUGUAUUUAUUAUUGAAGGUACAGUGAUAGUGGUUAGGGUGUUAUAGUGAAAGGUGGAGCUUGGAUUGUUUUCAGAUGAACACCAGGAACUGCACGUUAUAAGUGAUUGCAUUAGAAUGCUCAUGUGUUUACAAUUUCAUGGCUGGUAGGUGUGUUUUUUAGAACAGCAAAUGCUCCCACAUAAUGGGGAUGUGAAUUUUAGUGAGCAGAAAACAGGGUUAAACCCUUUGAUAAUGUGCUGUCUGUGAUGCUAUUAUGACUCGACAACAGAAAAACAUUUUGCAUUUUUUAAUUUUCUUUCCAAUAGACUAACUACAUAUCAGUAAAUUAUGUGCAUAAUAAGUCAGGAUCCUUCACGUGGGUGGGUGUUAUUUCAACAGGAUUAUUACAUUGCAAAACAGUCAGUGACUGCGAUAGGAUUUCUAUUUAUGCUACCUUUUUAGUUUUCAGUCUCUGAGCUCAAUGUCAACGUAGUGAAAGUUUGUCAUUUUGUGUUCCUAUUUUAUUACUACCUGACUGUGCUGAGUAGUCGGUGCUUAUUGGCCAGAACUCAUUAACAAUGGUUACUGAUUCCAGCAAAGGUGAUCACACGUGUAUAAAUGGAAAAGAGUGAGGGUAAAGUUUAGAUUUUACUCUUUUCCUCAUAAUGUGGCAGAAAAAUGAUUAUAUUUAGAGAGCACAAAAGUUCUGAACGGUGAUUAAUGGCUGACCAAUCAACAGCAGGAAAAAGACAAGAAGUGGGGAAACAGCAGAAAUAAACAAGUGUUGUUACAACAUAAGGAGCUGAGCUGAAGAGACUUCUAUCAAAUUGAAGAAAACAGACACAAAGCAGCCACGUGUUUAAAUCACUGAACUAAUCUUUAGAUCAAUAUUUAUUGCCACAUUGUUUGAAUAUGUUAUUGGUAGCCUCAGUUUUUUAUUUUUUUGCAUGACCACAAUCUGACUCCAAUGAUCCUUUUAUACGUAUGUGAGGGGCUGAACAUAAGAAGCACCUACUGAUUGAAAAUAGUCAAAACAGAAACAACAGCAGCCCUUCACUUUGUCUGAAUGACCCAUUGACCUUAUCCCUGGAGGAAAUAUGUUAUUUUAUACUGGUCACACACACUGACCAGGUCAAACGAUACCUGCCCGGAUGGAAAUGUAGUACACUGCCUCUAGUCUCAGUGUCCUCUUUGAAGCAGGGGGUAUCUUUGUUGUUGUGGUUAAACCUGGACAGUGAGAACAGAUUGCUUGACACAAACGACUGCAUCCCAGUAAUUACCUUGAAGAGGCAGAUGCCAGAUGGCAAGAAGUUCCCCCUGGUGAGUUAAGAGGCCCAUCCUCAGUGCAAACUCAUGGCCUUGAUGUGCUGACGGCAGCCCUGUCACUUACAACGGCAGACUGUGCUGCCUCGCUGCACUCAGAAUAACUGUUUUGCAGUCAUGUUAGCCGUGGCGGUGUUGGUGUCAUGUUGCAGCAGUGUCCCGUUCUGUCUGCUCAAAGGUUAUCUGGACCUGUUGACUGUGACAAAGCGGCCGAAGCAGGGGUCAGACCUUGUGAAUGAGGGGGUGAAUGGAGUUUUACACGCUAGCUAGCUCUGGCAGAAAGAGUCCUGUGAUUCAUCAAGGACAGAGCAGUCAGUCACAGACUUUUACUGUCAGACUUGCUGCACAAAGGACUCAAUUCUGGGGCUGACUGCUUGCUUCACAGCUGACAUAGAGGACUGGAAUGUUGCACAGUGAAGCUAUGUUGGUACAGAACAGGCCUCAACAACAAAAAGCAUUUAUGGCACUCAGCUAAACUCUAUCUUUGUUGUUGUCUUACACUUCCUGAAACACUCAUUAGAAGUCAAACCUUCUGACAGGAGAUAUAACAAUGUCUCAAUGUAAUGCUAUUGUCUCUUUAUGACCUAUAAUGCAAACAAGAGCAGAGGACAGACCUCCUCUGUAUGUUUCAUCUUAAUAACUGUCAGCACUGUCAUUGAUUCUGACGUUGAAAAGCAAGGGACGGUAUCCAGACUGAGAAGCCUUUGUUUACAUUUUUCACUGGCAUGGUUUCCAAGUUAUUAGUAUGCUGGAAAGUUCGUGAAAGCAGUAGGGGACUUUUCUCCAGAGAAUAUUACACACGCAUGUACAGGCAGACUCAGAAGGAGAUGUGAAAAGACGGGAAGUUACUGGAGAAAUGAGCUGAAAUUGAAGUCUACAAGACAAGCUGUUUGAAUGUUGUCCUUGUCAUUGUCAUUUUUAUGUCUCGAUCAAAUUCACUUUACUUCGUGUGACAGCAACAGCCUGCUCCUGUUCAUCUUUUAAGACUCUAAGCGCCUGAGUCAUCAGUUCAAAAACACUUGAAAGCCGGUAGACCUUUUUCUAAUGGAGAUGCACAUCCCAGCUGUGCUGUUUCUUGCCGACAUGAAACUGUCACCUGAUUGAUAUGCCCUGAUGCACUGUCAUUGUAAACACUAACAAGAGGAGGCACAGCUCUUUGAAUUUUGUCACCACAAAACCCUCCAUUACAUUACUUUUCUAUCUGCCACCAUGGCCGCGUAGGUGCAGGGGUCAUGUGAGGACAAAUGAAACAAAAUGCAAAAUCUGACUCUGGUACACCACACACAUUUACCACCACAAGAUGUUACUGCUUUACAAACAAACCUCUUACAGCUGAUUGAAUUUACUAUCAUUAUUCAGACACACACUGUCACUUAAGUAAAUGCCUACUUUUGGCUCCAGCUCCACCUUUAAUUAUCAGGACGGAUCUCAUGACACCGGAUAAAGACAGAGGUUUAGUUUUCACUCUUACAAUAGCAUUAGCUCAGGUUGAUUAAAAUGUAAUGGUGUUUAGCAUCAGCAGGAGGGAACCAGUGUAGCUGUCUGCUUGACUCAGCAGUUAUGUUGUCACUCAGACCAGGGAGGGCGACUAAUCAUGAAUGAAGGAGCCCUCUGCUGUGUCACUCUGAUCCGGUGACCCUGCCCCUGUAUUUGUGUGCCGGUGCAUUAUGUGUAAGGACAACAGGUCAAGCUCACCUUUCAUCCAUGAACAGACAGGUUGGAUUGAAUCUAUGCUUUUGGCUGAUUGGUCCAAAUGUCUGUAUUCUCUGCAGAUAUUGAAAUAACUUUUUAAGGGGCAUAUAAUGACAUGAACCAAAGGGAAAGCAUAGUGAAUUAAGCACCCACCAAAGGCCAUUCGUUUCGUUCCCUUUGAACAGUCUUAUAAUUACUGCAUCGCCGGAUGAGUCAUUGCAUAACCGUUUGCUUUUGCACAGGACUGAGUGUGCGAUCACUGUACCGCUGUGAUGCAAGAUGACCCAAAGACUAUAUCCAGGUCUAAAGGUUAAAGUCAUUUUCGUCUAGUGUACUAUAUGUGCAGGGCAAAGUAAAUGUAGGUUUAAGUGAGCACAUGGUGAGAGAGGAUAGUGUUCGAGAGAGUCAGGGGGUUAAAAAGCUGUCUCGUGUCUUUGCUUAUCAGAGCAACGUGAGCUUCAUUCUCCGGAGUUGAAAUUGCUGUGAUUUCAUUAGCACAACCGGAGACAAGUUUCUCGGCUGUUAUAUCAUUACCACUCCAGCCACUAGAGCCUGGUCGGUGUCAGUGGGGUAAUUGUGAAACAUUAUAUAAUAUAAAGGCAACAUACAUUUUUACAACAAUAUUUCUGGUUAGGAAUAACUGAAACCCUGAGAGAUGGGACAGACUGUGAACACAGCUCACCACACAUGUAAAGACUCUUUGCCCCAGCAGCAAAGAGUCAUAAUGUCUUUAUGUAAUGUUUUAAAGUAAACAACAUGGCGGACUACAAGAGCGAACUGCUGCUAGCUGCUUUGUUCACUAGUUCUUCCAUUGAAGUAGCAGUUUCUUUUCAAUGCCUUCCCCCCUUCCCUUGUCUUUUCAGUCGCAGUGUAUUAAAUUGAACAUGUUGUGUAAAUGCUAAUGUUGUCGCCACCUAUCAACAAGCAGAUCUGGGGCGUAUAGCUGGCCGAGUGGGUUAGUGCGCCCCAUGUAUGGGGACCAGGGUCCCCGCAGCGGUCACGGGUUCAAGUCCGGCCCGACCAUGUGCUUCAUGUCCCACCCCCCAUCUUUAUCUCCCCACAUUUCACUCUGUACUGUCAAUAAAAGGCAAAAUCACCCAAAAAAAUAAAAUAAAAAAAGGAGAAUGGAUAUUUUUGGACGUCCAUCUCAGUUAAUGUUUCAUGUUAACGGUUGCUGCUGUGGUUACAUUGGUUGCGCUUCCUUCUUCAUUCUGUGGAAAAUUCUAGACUAUUGUGUUAGUGUUUGUUGCAUUGUCUCUCACUGUACCUCGUCUACUCUGCUAGUCUUUCACAAAACACUGCAAGAGCCCACAUCUGUCAACAGAGCUGUCAAUCAGUUAUCUUUCUAAAAAAAACUUAACCUCCUUGAAAACAUCCACUUGGAUAGAAAUCAGUGUGAUAACAACAAUAAUAAUAAUAAUGCAUCAGAUUUUUAUAGCUUUUUGUCAGUGACCUCAAAGCGCUUUUACAUUGGAUCCAUCAUUCAUUCGCUCGUACAGUCAACUACCUUAGUAGACACAGCUGCCCUGGGUCAGACUGACGGAAAAGUGGCUGCCAGUUUGCACCUACGGCCUCUCCGACCACCACCAAAUAUCACUCACAUUCAUACACCAGUGGAGGACACGCACACAGCAAUGUUAAGGGUUAAGUGUCUUGCCCAAGGACACAACGAACAGACUAGGGAUAGGGGGGAAUUGAACCGUCAACCUUCCAGUUAUUGGCCGACCACUAUACCUCCUGAGCUACUGCCGCCCCGAACUAAAAUGACAGAAACCAAUGUUUCUCCUGUUGACUUGGGGGAUCAAUUUAAGACUGCUUCCACCACUUCAAAGUAGAUCCAAGAUAAAUUAACUUUUAAAAGUGACCCAGAGAAGCCAGUGUGGCCCAGUGGUUGAGAAGGAAGGUUGGUUUAACUCUAACCCGUGACUGCCAACUCUAUCUCUGUCUCUGUUCUACCUUUAUGAAAAAAUAUGAAAAAAAGAGCCUUAAAAAACUCCUAAUAACAAAGAUCUUGAAGGAUAUAACUAAUCUCUAACAGUGUCAGACAGAACUACAACUCCCUGCUCCUCUAAAUUACAGCUAACUGCACUUAAGCUGCUUUUUCAAAAGACUAUUUACGUCUGGAAAAAGCUCCUUUUGGUUCCCCUCCGCGGUGGAUGGGUAAUAAAAUCAUCAGGCCCACUAUCAGCCUGUAAUGAAGGCUAUUAAAUUCUACUAAUGGGCCUCUCUGUUUUCAAUCCACUGCUCAUAGUGAGCAUAACCACAACAAGACCAAUGAUCAGUACACUUCCUUCCUUUUGUGAACAUUCAGAUGUGACAGGAUGAUUGGAAAUGUCUGACAGCUUGUUUACUGUUGUACUCACUCAGUCAAUAAAACACAGAGGCCAUUAUUUGGGUUGAAGGCUUUUCUAAAGAGGCGACAGUACAACAGGAGGAAUGCAGCGUUUUAGUAGGGGUGUGAGUCACCAAAGAAAGAAGGGAUAUGAUGAGGUGUGGUUAUUUUUUUCAUUUUUGUUUUUUUUUACUGAUAGUUUUCCCAGUUGACACACAAGAAGAGGAGUGACUUUUCCUGACAGAGAAGGUCAUUUCAUUUCACGGCACAACAGAAGCCAGUUUUGGUGUGUCACAGAGAAGUAAACAGCUCGUUUGUUAUCCAAAAUUUGUGCGACAGUUUUGCAUAGGAAAAUUCAGGUCUUGGCAGAUGCAGAAUGGAACAGUGAGUUGCUGUCACGUAUCGUAAUAAAACUAUGAAAUCCAAUUUUAUUUCUCUUUCUUUGAGUAUUUAUCAUUUGGUUACUUACAGACCUCCUCAGAGUCACAGAUACUUUCAUCCUUUUUCUCUUCGUUUAUUUUCAGCCUUUUCCCCCUGACAGCAAGUCUAGGGACAGAGAGGAAGCAUGUUAGAGGGGAGGGGAUGACAACAAAUGCCCCCGGCGGGGAGUUGAAGCAUGAUCAUUUGUUGUACUUGCCUUAAUUAUCAGUAUUCAUGAGGAACCCAGUCAAAAGAAAUCUGUUCUGUACUCACUACAUUUUAGUUCCUUUCAUGGAGUUUUUUGAUCUUUUGAAAAUGUCACAGUCGAAUUUGUCCUUUCCAGCGUAGAGAAAGAAGUCAGUCACAGAAUCUGUAAUUAGCUACAGUUUCGGAAAUUUCUGAGAUUGUUAUGGAGACGUUUUGCAGCCUGAUAGUGUGUUGCCUUUGUCUGCUCUGGGGUUGCUUGGGUUAAACAUUUUCGCUCUUGCUAGUCUGCACAAGAAUUACUAGAUAACUAUGCAAACUAUGCCUAAAAUGCUAAUAGAUUUAAGCUCUGAUAACCUUAGCCACACUCAGCAAGACGGGUCACUUUUACAAAGUUUAUAUUUGGGGUGUCCAGAUGCAACUUUUUUACAUCAUUAUACGAUACCGAUAAUUGUAGCUUUCAAUAUUGGCCGAUACUGAUAUUUAUCCAAUAUUGGCACGAAAUUGUGCAAGACAUGUUUUGCACUCAACUGCAAUGUCUUUUUCCAACUUUAAUGAAAAAUACUGUCACAUGUCCGACAUCACUCCAACUCCUUUCUUAUUUGUUAGUACCUUAAAGGGAUAUUCCAGCGGAAAAUUAAGUUAGGGUCAAACACACCGUAACACUGAGUUAGACACUCCCUCGAGAGAUGAAUGUUGCUGACCGCUUGCCUCUCUCUCUAGUCAUACCAACUUUAGUAACUACCGCAUGAUAGCAAUACACAGCGGUCUGAGGAGCCAUAAACAAACCUCAACCAAAAUGCCACUCUAUAGCCACAAAUAAUGCUCAGAACAGCACCUAACUUCAUCAACAGUACAUAUAGGGUCCCAGCCACAGCACUAGCCACCAAACAUCUUUUUAACUUUGCCUAAUUUCUUCGGCAAAGAGACUAAACACAACUCACCCACUCUCUUCCAGCAGCCGCUUGUUUGUAGUGAGACCUCGGGCCAGUCCAUUACAGACUGCUGCGGGGUGACGCAGCUCAAGGAAGAACAUUUUUGAUAAUUUCUUUCUGGAAAUGCUAUGUUUUUUCGCUGAUAACCGAUCGAUAUCCGAUAUCAAUAUCGUAUCGGAACAUCCCUAGUUUGUAUUUAAGUUUAAACAGAAAUCAGCCACUUUGGAACUGCCUGGUAUAUUCUCAGACUUUGAUGGUUACCAAGGAAUCCUCAGUUAAAGGAGUCGUUCUGGUUUUUUAAGUAAGGUUAAAUGAGGUCCUUGUAAAUAGAAAGCGUAUUACCCACAGGUGAUCUUGGUAAGCUCGACCCCUUUACUGAGGAACCAUCAGAGUACCAGCAUUGAAGCUAGACUAUACUCCUGUAGACAGCGCCAUUUGUACCAUGUAAUUUAGCUCAUUUCAAGGAAGUCUGACCCAAAUACCAAAGUCGGUAUAAAUGAGCACUUAAGAGAGAAAACUCUCAGUGCUUAACUUUGCUGUCAGGGAGCUACUUUGUUUCAGUGCUGUUAUUAUAAGUGGAUGCGACACUUAUGUUGCUCCGAUUGUAGAGAACCAAUCAGCUGUUCAGGUCUGCAGGAUCCCUGUAGGUAAUACUCUUUGAGAGUAAGAGGAGUGAGCCCGGUCCUGUCCUGAUGGUUUGAUGAUCAGAUAGCUGUGAGGAAUAGAGAGAUAAGUAGCUGCUUGUGGUGUGGCCUUGUUCUGAACUUCAAAUGUCAAGGCUCUCUCUCCAGCCUUACUCAUCAACAACAGAUUUCAGAUAGCCUUUAGACUGGCUCCUGUAUUUCAUAUGAUGUUCAGGGUGAGAUAUUAUAUUAGUCACGGAGAAAGUGGGCUUUUAAAAGUGUUACAGAGGCCAAAAAGAAGUAUCAUGAAUAUACAGAGAGUGCUUAGUAAGAGGGGAGUAUCAUGUUUGAUUUCAGGAAAAGAGCUCGCAAGCUUGCAUAAUCUGAUUGUGACACAAGUCUUAUCCUGAAGCUGGUUGUUAAAGAUCUUAUUGACACUUGUCCAAGUCAGAGCAGAGGUCAGUGAAUCUUUGUGAGCAGGGUUCAAUCCAAAGUGCAAUCUUCUUUGUGUGUAUAAAAGUUAAAACGUAGAAGAUGAACCCUGAACUGACAAACUGACAAACCGACAGGAAAGAUUAGCGAUGAAAUGAUGAUGUAGUAAAGACAAUAUCAACAUGUUCAGCUUAAAAGUCAGAGGAAGACUUAAAUAUAAUGAACAUGUGCUUAUGCUACUUAUUGCAUGAUAGAUAUAAUAGUAGAAACACCCCAAAGGGAUUCUGUUUCAUCCAACCAGAAUCUUAGUAACUAAAUGUUGGUAAAGUAGCAGGAAAAAAACUAGUCUUGUCCUGAUCAUGUGAUGAUCAGAUGAUGAGGUCUGUAUAAAGUCCUCUCCCUUUUACUGCAUAGUUGCGGUUUGUCGGCUUUCUUCAGUUUGCUGGAUGUCUCUUUGUUUGUUUCAACAAUCCCCUCUAGUUCCUCCACUGAUGUCCUCCACGCUUUUCGUCUCAGCUACUGGCUGGUCAGCCAUUAUUCACAAACCUCUCCAAAUAAAUAAAGUGUAUGGUUAAAAAUAUCUAUUCUGUUGUUUUCCUUUGCCACGGGAAAUCAGUAUUUUUGCUACAUAGUCAACAGGAGGCUAUAAGCUUUAGCAAUGUGCCGAACUCUUUUAUGUGGAUUGAUCUCUGGUAUUCCUCCUACAAUUCAGGAUUAUUUGGGGUUGACAUGGAGUAAAAACAACUUUAUAGGUAGUGAAAGACUCAGUCCUUACACCCUCACUUGAGUGCCAUUUUUUUAUUGCCGGUAUUUAGAUAAUCUUGGCUUUAAAUUAACUGAACAUACCAUGAACAAGCAUGUGAACUGAGCAAGAAACUAGAUCUUUCUGUAUUAAUCCGUUGCUGGAGGAAUAUCUUUCUCCAUUAGAAGAAAACUUUAAAGAAUAAUCAAAAUAUUUAAUUAGACUCGCUGGAUACAUCUUCAUAAUAUGUUGUUUUGUUUUUCUCUGAGGCAGACAGAUGGCAGGCCAAUCUUUGUCAAAGCUUAUUGGAGCAUUGUAUUUAACUUCAGGCAAUUAUUUAGCCAACCAAGAAACAAACAACUCCUAAUAGGAAUGUUGUACACAGUCGACCAGAUGUCUUCUAUUUUAAAGAGAGAGUCAGAGUUAUUCUGCUUUAUCUAGGUCGUAUGUUAAAAACCUGAGCAGACGGUCUUAUAAUGUGCUGCGCUACCCUACUAUUAGACAAGUUUAACCAAUGUUCUGUAUGUUAAACUGUCAGCUACGACCUCUUCACUCACAUACAGGGUUGUGGUUAAUAAUAAGCUGCCUACAUGCCUCACUUCCAUGACGGUGAAUAGACCUUCACUAACUCAGGACUGUUAUUAACCUUCUUCCCCUCAGGAUUAUCCGCUCCUUGGUCCGUCAUGUGAAGUAUUUACUCGGUCUCCGGUUUGAAGUGAGCGGCUGGGAGCAUCUGCAGACGGAGGGGCCCUACGUCAUCAUCUCCAACCACCAGAGCUCUCUAGAUGUUUUGGGUGGGUAUUGUAAUAACUUGUAUGUAAGACACUGAUUUAAUAUUUUCUGUCAUCUACUUUGUAUUUGUCAACACAUUUUUACAGGAUGCAUCUAUGAUUUUUCAGACUUAUUCAGAGACCAUCAAAAUUCUCAUAAAGCUUAAUAAACAUAUUUUUAUACCUGCACAUUAGACGAUGGCGUCCCACAGGUAAAAUUCACCAGGCAGAGACCUAAGUGGAAUUACAGCAAAGGAACAAUUACAAUUUUUAACUAGCACAGAGUCAGCCAAAUGAUGUUUUGAUGCACAAUAAAAAUGCAAAUCUCUGUUAAAGGUUCAUUUUCAGUUUGCAAGAAAACUACUGGGAACAAAUCAGAGUGUGAUCCACAGAUGUGACAAAUAUUGGCUGUGCAGGUUUAUCUUCAUAAAUUACAAUGUUUUGUAGUUGUUGCUGUUAUUCAUAGGAGUGAAAUCUUAUUUGUUUUAUAUCAAUAGCACAGAAAUGAAAUAAUUCAGGACUUUUUUGUUUGACUUUUGAUUGUUGUGGCUUUAUGCUUAUUAAAAUCUGAAAUCCACUAUCUUGUACUAUCAGAGUAUUUCCUUUAAAACAAUCAGAGGGAUCUGACAGAAAGUCAUGUCAAACUUUUAGAAGUAGGUUCAUGUAUACACAGACACUUUCUUAAAUAACUAUUUAAAAAAACUAAAAACUAUUAAAACUGAUUGUGAGGCAGGGUUUGUAAACAGUACUGUAGCUAGUCAAUAGGGGGAGCUUUAAACAUUUUGGUUUCACUCUGGAGAAGCUGUUGUGAUGGCCCUGUUUUCAUACAGUGGAUGUAUAAGAACAGGACUCUGGCCCGAACUACACAAAUGCGGAUAUAUUUCAAACCGCACAUAUUUAUGUCCGAUUAGGCCUCCCUACCACACCAAAACGGGAGUUUGGAGCACUCAAACCGGAUAAAUCUGAAUCCGGAAAAACAAGUGGAGAAAUAAGAAAAUAUCCGUAUCCGUAGUGGAUUCGUGUGGUUGGACUUUUACAGAUCGAUGACGUCAAACUGCAGCUCGCGCAUGCGAAUUAAAAAGAAAAACAACAACAACGAUGGCGGACAAACAGGGUAUUCUUUACGUUUGUUUUGCCCUUUUGGGGCUAAUUUCAGCCUUUCAAGUGAACCUUGUUUUAUACAAUUACAUCCACCAGUCAGCCAGCUCACAGACACGACUGCAGCGCCCAAUACUUUUAUUGGUCACAUGGUCCGUCACAUGGACCCGACGCACUAGCGUAGCUUCCGCAAACAAUGCAUGACGCAUCACGCUGUUACGAUUCAUCGGCCAAUCAGGUAGCUUUGUUCCUGAAUUUUUUUUAAGCGGCACCAGAUAGGAUUGAGUUUGAAGGCUACAUGUGGACGCAGAUAUUUUUGAGAACUAACACAUGUGGACAGAUACAUUUAUUUAGAUGGGAGUACAAAAAUAUCCUGAUAAAUAAAUAUCCAUAUGCGUGUAGCUCGGGCCUCUGUUGCCCGUUGGUUUCUGAGGAACAUUUUAAAGCCCAAAGAUGGUAGACGCUGUGUAGGAAAUGCUGAGUCUCUUUUACUUUUACUCAAAAAUGAGAAAUGAGAGUGGAGUUUAGGCUUGUAGCACGUCACACCUUUUUUUUAACCACACGCUUUUUUGGCAGGUUUCAUUUUCCAGCACCUGGAGCUGCUGCUCGGUUUGAGCUUGCCGUAUUUAUUUUUGAUCCAACAUUUUUAAAGUCCGUCACUGCCACCUACUAUACUGGAGGGUGUAAGUGUAUGGUAUAAGGAAAUCUGAUCAAUAGGUAUUAGCCAGUUCAAGAUUUUCUAGUGAUGAAUCAUUGCAUCCAGCUCGCGUGAGCUUGCACAAAUCAUACCUCGCUUGCAAUCCAUGCAUGUCGAGACACCAAGACUUUUGGAUCCAACAUCAAACAAAAACUUCAUACUGAGAGUUUUCUUCGAGCUCUAAUUGAAGUGCAUCAAAGUCUUUCUGGGUUUAUCUCUGCUCUCCAUGAGCGCAAGAGACUCUAGAAGAACUGGCUGAGAGAUGAUGUAAAGAGGAGCUUUUUCACAGCUCUUAACUUUGUUAGUUUUUUUUGUCAAUCUUCGGUUUCUGCCUCUCAAACUAAAUCAGAUUUACCCAGGAAGUACUGGUUGUACUUUCAGUAGUUUCACCCUGUGCAAUUUGACACCAGAUUUGAUGCACUCUGGGAAAAUUCUGGGCGCUUUAGUUGAGGGAGCAGCACUCCUCUGCAGUGGGUUCAGAAGUAGCAGAUGAAAGGAGUGUGCUGUUGCAGCGGUUAAGCUCUGACUGUGGGGAUUUGUGACUCUGCUCUCGAGUGUGUAUAUAUAUAUGAGGUGAAUCUGCACUCCCAGGCUAAUACAUUUGACAAGCUUGUACCACUCAAUGGAACUAACAGGGAUUAUUCCGUCUCUGUUAACUUCUGCUUCACAAAAUCCUGGUCAGGUGAAACUUUCCUGGACAGUGAGUAAUUUUAGCGCAAGUAUAAAAACACAGAAUCUGCCUUUACAGGAACUCAUUGUUCUGGUUGGUGUUGACAUCCUAUUACCUGCCUGUGUGAGCAGAAGCUAUAACCACUCGGAUGACUAGUAUGACCAGCACAGAGCCCAUCUGCCCCCCCCCUUUGUUAUAGUCCAAGAAGGUUUUACUGGAAAAAGCUUUGAAGUGCCAAAGUACUUGGCCUGUUCAGAGAGCACUGACUCAAAAUGUGACCUGAAUGAGCUCAGCAACACAUGAAACCCUCCUGUCAAACUGUUGAGAACGAACAACCUGCAUUUGACCUGCUCCAACUCCAGAGCUCUUACGUAAUGUCGUAAUUAUUCUGGCAAAUCAGACAAAACUCGACUACACUGAAAGUAGACAAAACAACUUUUUAACAGAAGAAGUGUUUUAUUAGACACUAGACAUCCCACUGAUUUCUGAGGGAGCAUUAUGAAGCCGGCCUAUAGAGGUCGCACUAUUAGAAUAUGCAAACUAGGGCUGGGCGAUAAAUCGAAAAUUUACUGAUACCGGAAUUUACGAUAACAACCAACGUCAUUUUGCCCAUGUCAAUAUAUUCGAUGUCAAAUAAAUGAAUAAAAGUUGGUUUUGGAUAGGGCUGUCCCGAUACGAUACCGAUAUUGCAGCCUUAAAUAUCGGCUGAUAUGGAUAUAAACCCGAUAUCAGCACGCCGUGAGUGAUACAUACUUUGAUUACUUAUUUUAUAAUGUGGAAUUUUAGAAAAGGCUGCAUCAAGUGAUAUUACUCAAACAGAGAACAAUAGUCUGCAACAGCAGUUUGGGAAAAUUGACCCAUUUAUCAACAAAACAAAUAGAAGAAUAUAUAAGAAUAAAUUGGGAGGCCUUGAAUAAUAGACAAUAGAAUGUAAGCAAAAUAAACAUAUCACUCUGAUAACAAGAGCUGUAAACAGACUUAAUAAGGACAGGGGAUGAUGGUUUGAGCUCCAAAUGUCGGUGGUGAAGCUAACAGCAUUUGCUUUCUCCACAUGUGUACACUUUUUAACUUCUUUAUGCAUCUGAGGUAUAGAUUUGUCGACAAUGUAGUGGCGGUUAGGGAUAACAUAACGUGGCUCGAGGUGCUCAAUUAAGCGUUUAAACCCGGCAUUACUCACACCGACAGGGGCUGGUCAUCAAGCACAAUAAAUUAGGCUAUCUUUUCUGUUAUAGCCGAUGCCUUUUUGCCGUCCCGUGAGAGUUUUUCCCGCUUUGCAAAUGUUUCGGCCAGCGUUGGUUGUUUGAGGAAGGUAGAGGUAAGAUUUUUCUUUGCCUCUGUGAUCUUUUGAAAAUCCUCAUGCUGUUAUUUGUGGUGUUUUUCAAAUGCGUGAUAAGGCUGGUCGUAUUAAACUUCCCCUGCUCUGUGCUACCACAGGAAACUUGUGCAUGACAAAGUUUGCACUCAGCUGCAACGUCUUUGUCUGACUUAAGGGAAAAGUACUGUCACACGGCCGACAUCCCUUCUUCUUGUAGCACAUACACUGUUGUUGUUGUGAAUACGUGAGUUCUACAUGCUGGAGCCGGGCGCUCUUUUUCUUUGGCAGGCAGCACCAGCGUUGGUUUAUUACUGCCACCUACUGUGUUGGAGUGUGAACCACCGUCACCUCAUAUAGUGCAGAAGCACUGGAGCAGAAUGAACUGCUCUUAUCGGAGCAUUUAUAUCAGACAUUUUAGAUGCAGUCCGAUAGAAUCUGAUAUUUAUUUUUUUGCUAAUGUCGGACUGAUAUCCGAUAUCAAUAUCGGAUUGGGACAGCCCUAGUUUUGGAUGUGUGUAGGUAGGCUAUGGUCUCAUGUCCCUUUUAAGACGCUGUCCUAAGUCAGAGACUUGACUCCACCCCAUCAAGUCCGUAGCAAAGAGGGAAAGACAGGUGAGGAGAUGGAGGACGGUUCAAAAGUUGUAGCAGCUGGAGCGGCGGUUGAAGUAAACAAAGUUAAUGUGGGAGGGGGUGAGCAGCUAAUGGAGUAGUUAUCAAGUAUUCAUUGUUAUUGAGGCGAACUGCUCAAUAUAUCGUGAUAUUGAUUUUAGGCCGUGUCGCCCAGCUCUAAUGCUCACCCCACCUAGCUUUUGAUAACUUGAGAAACUAGUUAAGAGGAGUCUUCAACCAGGUUUCAACUUGUUGCUUUCAUAGUGUCAAAUUUGGUGUAUAAAACUCAAAUUUUAUACCAUUUUUGUCACCUUAAAAAUGAGCUGCAGCCUAUAAAUCAGCAAGAGAGCAAUAAAGAGAGAGAGAUACUUGAUUGCAUUGCCUUGUGUUACCUAGGAGAUGGUGCUCGGGGAGUUGCAAGCAAUCAAUUAACAGCGGAGGAAGACGAAUGUAGCAGCGCCACAUGACAAUUUUAGACGAUAAAUGAUCAGCGGAGAGAGGUGACAUGAGUCCAAGCGGCUCAGCUAAAGCAAACGUAGAGGCACGAUCUGUCCUUACUUCAUAGUUACAAAUACUACCUGUAAUGAACUCGACCAUCUAGAAAUACCUGCGCAGAAACCGAGUACAUGUACAUCCGUGCUGAUUAGUUCAUGCACGCUUGUGAUUGCUACAGCCUCUCUCUCUCACUGUGCUCAUUCUGUCCCUUUGCUUUUCAGACACACACAGAUACACACUCCUGCCUCCUCCUGCUCUCCUCUCCUCUCUCCACCUGUGGCUGCCUGAUAGUUUGUACCGCUGUUGCACAAGGUGUUAAAGAUGCAGCGAUCCAACUUCCUCGUGCCGCCAAACGUUGCUUUGAAAGUGAGAGCUGUUCGAGUGGAGGGGCUGCACCCCUGUUGGACUUUUGUGAAUGAGAGGUAGAUUGAACAAAAUUUUAAAGAAGGGUAACAGGAAGCUUUUUUGGCUUUUCAGGGGUCGGUAGUUGCUCUAAUUAUUUGUAGUAUAAAAGUUCUAGUUCAUGAUUUACUCCCUGAUCUCUACCCAGUUCUUUUAGCUGUUUCUCUGUGAUGCUACAUGUGUGAAGCAUGUGCCUCAUUCGUCUUGGUGCUAAAUCUGGUUGUGAAAGGACACUAACUUAGCAGAGGUUUGUUUUUUCUCCAUCAGCGCCUCGUCGAGAGCGUUUUUAAGUGUUGGUGAGUGAUGAGGGCAGGCUGCAGGCCAGGGCAGUGACAGCAGUGGGGAGAGCUGGACAUCUAAUUAGAGCUGAAGAAACUCAGCAGGAGUCUGAUUCGGCAUCCAAGUUGCCAUGCCAACAGCUACACCCAGGCAUUAAUAGCAGCUCAUCCUGGUGCUGAUGGGAUUCAGCCAAGAGGAGCUGAGAGAGAUCUCUCACCUCCGCUGCUAGAGCUGGGUUUCAAGCACUCUGUCUGAUGACAUUACGGUUCUGUUCGCUCUUUCUCGCCUUGAUAAAGACACACAUCCUCUUCUUCUGCAGUCGGUUUCACACACUUCCUCUCUCUGAUCUCCUGUGCUGGUUUGUGUGGAAAUCGCCGUCUUCUGCACCAGCUGGCUUUGCACAAACAUGUCUGAAUCCAUCAUAUUCACGACGAUAGCUCCUGUCAAUAAAAUCAGAUAUCUUCUCAAGCAUCACACGCAGCCUAUCAGUAGACUUUAUACCUGAUGUUAUAUCUGGAUUUGACAAGGCCAGAGAGAUAAGAUGGAAAGGCCGAAGGUCUCCUCAGUAGCUUGUUUUUACUCAUCCCCCCUGCAGAGAUAUCACGUUUUAGGCUCUGAUGUGUUUACUCUGUGAUGCAUUUAAGCAAGGCUAAUUUUCUUCUUUUGUUCAAUCCAGCAGAAAAUGAGUUUAGCAACUAAAAAGAAGAGCUUAAAGGCACUAAUGAUUAUGUAAUCCGGGCUUAAAUGAAAAUGCUAAGUCUAACAAAAAAGCAAUACAGAUAAGAGCGACAUGAUGUCUAAAAAGCCAGGGGUGGAUCUGGACUGUCUUGACUGUAGGGGCUCAGCUGGGGCACCGACUAACGCAGGGGUGGCCGGACGAGUUUCGGCACACUGACAAAGUAUUUAUUCACACUUUCUAUCUUCCUUAUGAAAAGUUGAGCUCCCAAUACUAACUUUCUUUUUUCCGUGGUUGAUGAAACUAAAACACUCAGUCCGCUCUAACUCUGUAAAUCCCCCCCCUCUGCCUCUCAGGUCUGAUGGAGAUUUUACCAGACCGCUGCACCAUGAUCGCCAAGAAGGAGUUGAUCUACGCCGGCACUGUGGGUCUCAUCUGCUGGCUGGGCGGCAUCGUCUUCAUCAACCGCAAGAAGACGAGCGACGCCAAGAGCGUCAUGGCCGAUGCUGCCAAAACCAUGUUGGACGACCAGGUAAACCAGCUCCUGUAUUUGGCUCAUGAAGUGAUUACUGGUUGGAUAAUCUUUCUGUCCUGAAGUUCUGUUUUUCACCACGACGUGAUGAUUAAGUCGCUGUUUUCCUUCCCUACUGUCCUCUGACCUCCACAGAUUCGCCUGUGGGUGUUUCCAGAGGGAACGCGAAACCAGAGAGGCGACCUGCUGCCCUUCAAAAAAGGAGCCUUCCACCUGGCUGUGCAGGCACAAGUGAGCGCUCUCUUUCUCUCUCUCUCUCCAUCUUCACUUAUUUCUGGACCUCUGAAUACUGAGAGGAGGAAGUAUAAGCGGCCCUAUCCAUUAACAUGUGAAUUAAGUACACAUUUCUAUUUCGGUAACAGACACCCUCCUCCUGUUUGUUCUCUGAAAAUUCUGGCGUUUUUCCCGGAGACUUCUGCCAACUUUUGUCUCCUGAAAUAAAAGAGAGAGAGGGCUAAUGUUGCCGGCAAAGUGCUGAGUCUAGACACACGGGGGAGCCAGUAACCUUACAUGGCAUAAAGCAGCAUUAGGAUUUAACUAUGUCCAAUAUCUGGAUGAGGGCAUGCGUUAAAAGCACUGAGUCAGCAACAGUUAUCAGUAAGGAAUGCCUGAGAACAACUAGAGAGGUUCAGUCUAUUUACAGACAUCGUGAGCGCUUUUUUUACUCAGUUUAGUAUGAUGAGGCUCACCCUUGACUCGUCGAUCGAAUUGAUCAGACGAAGGACAGAAACAGCUCCAGAGCGUAACCUCUUCAUGCAUGCAGGUGGGAGGUCUCUGUUCCUGAGCUGAUGUUUCGCAGCACAAACUUCAGGGUCAGACAGGUGGAAGGAAUUAAAAUUGAAAAAAAAACCCUAACAGGAUCUUGCCAGAAACCGCACCGUGGUUCACCCCCAGGCUAUAAUGCUGGUUUGUGAUUUCCAGCCAAAUUCUUGUUACUUGCUGCUAAAGAUUGAUAUCAGCUCGGUUCGGUUCGGAGGCUCCGAGGCUACAAAAAUAAAACCUGCUGCUCCUUAUUAGCAAACACAAGCGCUCUGUACUGGCCCUUCAGUUCACAGAUGCUGUGAAAAUAAUGUUUGGAUGUUAACAGACGGACAGGUCUGAAAUUAUGUGUUUUUUGGCAGAAUAACUUCGUUAAAGGUCUUCUUGAGAACACAAUCUGCGUUUUGGUUUUUCCCACUUUCCACUUGAGACUAAUCCUGAGCGAUCAGAGACUAUUUCCAUCUCUCUCCGUUCUGUUUGCCUCGGCUGAGUUAUAGCUCAGCCUCUUCAUUUGUACCCAGAUUGAGUGGAAGCGGGACAGCCCCCAGGGGGAGCCGCGUUUGGCUCAGCCAGUCCUGGUGGAGGGCCACUCGGAGAGUGGGGGUCUCCGGAGAACAACUCAGCCUCUAUUAGCGGCAGAGGAGGGGAUGGAGAUUGCUGGUGCUGUGCUGAUUUAGUGUGUGAGAGAGACGGAGGGAAUGGGCUGUCGAUCCAGAGAAGAAUUUAUGUCUGUUACUCUACGUCACAAGAUUUUAAUAAACAGGAGGGUAUUGUGAUUAAAUUAUAUCGUGAUUGUAGAGCGUGGUGUAGCAUGGCACUGCUGAGGUGGUAUUAAAGCACAGGCUGCUUUGAUAGUAGCCUUUCAGGGAUAUUCCGGCGUAAAAUUAAUUUAGGGUCAAACACACUGUAACGAGUUACACACCUUGUCGAGAGAUGAAUGUUGCUGACCACUUGCUUCUCUAGUUAUACCAACUUUAGUAACAACUGCACGAUAGCAAUACACAGUGGUCCCAGGAGCAGCGCACUCAACCAAAAAGCCACUCUAUAGCCACAAAUAAUGCUCAGAACAGCACCUAACUUCAUCAACAGUACAUAUAGGGUCCCAGCCAUAGUACUAGCCAACAAACAUCUUUUUAACUUUGCCUGAUUUCUUUAGCAAAGAGACUAAACACAACUCACCUACUCUCCUCCAACAGCCGCUUGUUUGUAGCAAGACCUCAGGCCAGUCCAUUACAGACUGCAGUGGGGUGCCGCAGCUCAAGGAAGAACAUUUAUGAUCAUUUCUUUAUGGAAAUGCAAUCAGACAGAGACGCUAAGGCAGAAGAACUACCGCGUCUGCAGUGCAAAAUGACUAAUAUGGUGAUUAUUUUCUCUUUAAGGAAAUGAUAGAUAAAUGAUCAUAAAUGUUCUUCCUUGAGCUGCGGAACCCCGAUGCGGUAAUAGACUCGCCUGAGGUCUCCGUACAAACAGGUAGCUACUGGAAGAGAGUAGAUGAGUUGUGUUUAGUCUUUUGCUAAAGAAAUAAGGCAAAGCUUAAAAGAUGUUUGGUGGCUAGUGCUAAGGUUGGGACCCUACAUGUACUGUUGAUGAAGUUAGGUGCUGUUCUGAGCAUUAUUUGUGGCUAUAGAGUGGCGUUUUAGUUGAGGUUUGUUUAUGGCUCCUCAGACUACUGUGUAUUGCUAUCGUACAGUCGUUACUAUAGCGGUUGGCAACAGUCAUCUCUGAAGGGGGUGUCUAACUCGGUGUUAUGGUAUGUUUGACCCUAACUUAAUUUCACUCCGGAAUGUCCCUUUAAGUGGGUCUGGUUCACUUCUUUUAUCAAAUCAUGGUCAGCAUCCAUUUGAGAGUAGUUUUGGUGCUGCAGACAGGGGCUACAUCCUGCUGGAAAAGUUAAUCCUCAUCUCCAGGAAGCUGGUCAGCAGACAAGAAAGGAUCUUGUAGCUUGAUAUUGAUGGUUUCAGAAACAAAACAUUGCCAAUGUUUAAGACAGGAAGUCAUGAUGUUUGAAUUUCUGAAAUGAUGAUGAUAAAUGAUGAAAUUUUUCAGUCCUUUUCUUCUUUCUCCUCUUGUUUUUCAGGUGCCCAUCAUCCCUGUGGUUUUCUCCUCUUACAGCAACUUCUACCUACGGAAAGAAAAGGAGUUCAGAUCGGGUAACACAUCCUGAUUUUCCUCGUUUUGUCUUUUUUUUUUUUUUUUUCGAUCCUUUGCUUGAUUCUGUUUGAUGUCUGUAUCUGUAUGCAAAACGCCUCUGACAGUCAAGUGUUGUUUUCUCCGCAGGCACCAUCAGAUUGAAGAUCCUUCCAAAGAUCGAGACAAAGGGGAUGGCGUCAGACGAUGUUUCAUCCCUCUGUGAUAAAUCCUUCAACGUGAUGCGCUCUGCCUACUUGGACGUCUCUGACUCCGUAACCCAGAGCAACGGGCCGACGCGGCACUGA